AUGGCGUCAAAGAAGCUCAAUGAACUAUCACUCACCCAAAUGGAGAAUUCUAGGACCUCCGAUUCCUCCAUUAUUAACAUUGAAACGACCAGUACUGCUGGUGACGAUGAAUAUUCAUGCUUGGAUCAUUGUUGCGAUGGUUAUGUAUUUGAUAUACUGAAAGCCGAUAGGCAAGGGAUUGAAGGGACUGGGAAUCGUGACACUGAGCUUCGGCAGCAGCAGUGGUUGGAUUUCUCGGCUAAUUACAAUGCUUCCUACGAGCAGGUGAGCACUAUAUCUCCGCAGCAGAGAUUACAGGUGAAAGAAGUUCUCAAUACCAUGGAGUUUUUCAUUCUAUCGAAGGACUGGAAAAUAGAAAUUCCACAUCUAGGAUUGUGGAAAACAAGUUCACUUAGAGGAUUUAACAUUGCAUACGCUGCAGCUAGCGCAUCUGACCGUGCUGCAAUUAAAUUCCAAGUAUUUGAUUUAGAUAUCAAUUUUACAACAGUGAUUAUGAAGAAGAUCUUCACCAAAAAAGAGUUUGUGCACAUACUUCGUCGACAGAGCAUUGAUUUCUCCAGAGGAAGUUCGAAUACAGGGGGAGUCGCACUGCAUAAAUGUGGAUGA